UAUCCAACAUGAUGAUUUCCCCUAUCUGCGUCUUCAUAUUUUCUCUCGUUCUCUCAUCUUCCUACGCUGAUGUACAAGACUUCUGUGUUGCAGACUACACAGCUCCUCAAGGCCCUGCAGGGUACUCUUGCAAGGACCCCGCAAAGGUGACUGCAGAUGAUUUCGUCUACUCUGGCUUAAGAAUUUCCGGCAACACCUCCAAUAUUCACAAGUUUGGAUUCGUACCUGCAGUAGUUACUCAAUUUCCUGGUAUCAAUGGCCUCGGCGUUUCGGUGGCUCGCACCGACUUGGGUGUGGGUGGAGUUAUCCCAUUCCACACUCACCGUGGAGCUACAGAAAUUCUAAUCGUCGCGGAAGGAAGUUCGGUACUUGGAGCGUUCGUCGACUCGAAUAACAAAGUUUACAUGAAAUCUAUGAGCAAGGGUGAUUGUAUGGUUUUCCCUCGAGGUUUAUUACAUUUCGCAGUGAACCAAGGCGAUACUCCGGCCCUCAUGUAUGCUAGCUUAAGCAGUGAAAACCCAGGUCUUGAUGCGUUGGAAACUCAACUGUUUAAAAAUGAUUUAGCUACUGACCUGAUACAUAAGACUACUUUAUUGGACAAAUCUCAGAUCAGGAAGCUGAAGCGUCUUCUUGGUGGUACUAAUUGAUGUCUGUUAAUCGAUGUAGCCAAAUGCGGAAUGUAAUAACUAUAUGUUAGUCAUUUUUUUACUUAAUAACACAUAUGUACGUAGUCAAUAUUCCGUUGUUUAUCAUGUGUCUGAUCGUCUUUGACGAGCUCCAUGUAUGCGUGAACCACCUUCC